AUGUCCCGCAAGCUUACUUUCAUCCCUGGCCCUGUUGAGUUCAGCGAUGCCGUCUUGAAUGCCAUGUCUACUCCGUCUCAGUCGCACAGCUCGCCUGAGUUCACUCAGGUGUUCCAGGAGGCGCUCAAGAACACUAGAAAGGUGUUCAAGUCCACCGACCCCGAGACCCAGCCUUUUGUUCUGUCGGGAUCGGGCACGCUUGGCUGGGAGCUUGUUGGUGCCAAUCUGGUCUCGCGUUCAGAGGCGGUGCUUGUGGUGUCCACAGGCUUCUUUUCAGAGCAUUUUGCUGAGGCGCUGCAAGUUUACACUGACAAUGUCGAUAUCGUCGGUGCCGAGGUGUUUGGCGACGCGGUUAAAUUGCCGGCUAUAGAGGCUAAGCUGAAAGCCAAGUCUUACGGCGUGAUCACUGUCACCCAGACAGAUACCUCUUCGGGGGUCCUUUCGAAUGUCAAGGAGAUUGCUGCCCUGGUCAAGAAGGUGUCACCAAAUACCCUGAUUGUGGUGGACGCCGUUUGCGCCACAGCAUGUGAGGAGUUGGAAUUUGACGCUUGGGGGAUCGACUUUGUUCUGACUGGCUCGCAGAAGGCAUUGGGCUGUCCAUCCGGUCUGUCCAUCUCGUACGCAUCUAAGCGUGCCCUGGACAAAGCCUUGGCCCACAAGCCGGUUUCGUACUAUGCGUCAAUUCCACGGUGGCUGCCCGUCAUGCGCGCCUUUGAGAACGGCAGCCCUGCUUAUUUUGCCACCCCGGCCGUUCAACUGGUCCAUGCCUACAACGUUGCUCUGAAGGAGGUUUUGUCUCCAUCGCUGGAAGAAAGAAUCAAAGCCCAUGCCGAGGCUUCUAACAAAUUCAAGAACAACCUGGAGAGCCUAGGUGUGAAACUGGUGACCGUUUCGCGCGACGUGGCCGCUCACGGGCUCACCACUGCUUAUUAUCCAGACGGUGUCGACGGGCCUACCUUCCUGAGCAAAGUUAGAGACAACGGCUUCACUCUGGCUACCGGAAUCUAUAAAGAUUACAAAGACAAGUAUUUCAGAGUGGGUCACAUGGGUGUCAGUGCUGUUGGCGAACGGAAACAGGAAUUAGACCAGUGUUUUGAAGCCAUUGCUAAGGCACUUAGAGAGUCCAAAUAG